AUGUUGCCAUGCGCUGCACCACUGCAGUCGCUUCAGGAGAUGCCUGGUGGUCCUGCCUUGCUAUACAAGGCGAUGCCCCCGGCACCUGGUUUCCCAGCUUCAAUAGCUGCACCUUCAACAGGCCAAAGCGGACUGAUCAACACGAUGACUUUGCCGGAGUAUCGACGGCGAAUCGUGGAAAUUUACGCGGUGCACAAGCCAGACAAUGUGCACAAAGUUGAUUAUCUGUUGGAGAAGUACCACGGAGACGAAGAGUUCUUGUAUCGGAGUAUCUGCGAGAAGUACAGCGUGGACACAUCGCAGUGGUCCAAUCCAGCUCCGAGCUCCUUGAGCUCCGUGGCGCCCCCGCCACCGCCGCCGCCGCCUCCAGCUUCGGGGCCCGGUGCUGCGCGGCCACCACCCUGGGCAGUUCAAAGCCAAACUGCCGCGUGGUCUGCCGCACAAACCAAAGCCAGAAGUGCGCUUGUCGCUGUGUCAAAGCAUGGCCCUCCAGUAACCCAGUUUGGGGCUGGUGGGGCUUCGCAUCAGGGCCAUCCCAGCCCGACGCGUGCAGGCAUUGGCUUCACGCCGCCGCCUCCUGCUCAGGCCGCUCCGAUUCGCCAGAAGCACCAAGUUAUGGAAUGGGACCCGGCUACUGGCGAAAUGGUGGCCACAACAGUCGACAUUGAGAUGGGAGAAGCGCAGGCCACGUGGGUUCCGAGUUGCAGCUUCUGCUUUGUUUUCAGUGCGUCGUUCUGCAAUCUGGCGUGCGAUGUCUAG